AUGUCGCUGCUAGGCAAGAAAUUCAACGGCCUCUUUGCGCGACCAAUGGCACCUUUCUUCAUCGCCGGGCUGAUUAUGAUGUAUGGGAUCAACUCGGCGGCAAACGCUCUUGCUCAGUCCGAGCAAUUCAAGAACGAUCCGCGAAACCCGAACUCGAAGACGCAGAAGCCGGCGGACAAGCGCUGA